AUGGGAAAGAAGUCCAAACAUCAGGGACCCAUCAAACUAACGGGGGCCCGCGAUAUAGGAGACCUUUUCCUCCGUACAGCUAAGGCCUUGGGAGUACCUGCGCCGAAAGAAAAUGGCGACUCAAACUCUGCCUUCUCUGAAGAACAAGCCCUGGACGAGCUGGAUGAGUUCCCAGACACAGGCACUCCUCAGAUGAGGACAAUGAGUUACCCUCCACAAAAGGAGAUAUUAAGGCGCUACUCUGAAACAUCCGCACAAUGUUCACGGCGCACCUCGCUAUAG